GCUAUUUUGAACUAGCUAAACGCUUCAGUAACACCUGCCCUAAAACUCACAAGAGUGCUGCCUAAAACCAUAUCUCACAAGCUCCGCCAAGCCUCUAGAAACAGAAAUGGCCUUCGUCCUGCUCUUAGCUUAUGCACUGGCAAAUAUGAUGCUAACCCAUACAACAGAUGACAUCCAUCCCGCAAAGAUAUUUAUGAAGCAAGUUUCAACAGUAGGAGGUGAAGUAGAAGUAAUUUGCAGCACCUAUGGGUUUAGGAAAGACCCGUCAGAAUUGGUGCACAUAUACCUCUGCAAAAACGGAAUAGGAGUAAGAAGGCAAUUGGAGAAUAAAUAUUUUGAGACCAAAAUUAUUUUGAAAAAUGUGGCAAAAAACGACACUGGCAACUACAGCUGUGUGUUCUCAGUGUCUGAGUAUGAACCGAGCGAAGUCCGGAGAAAAGGGGAUAACUCUGUAUUUUUCCAGGUCAUCGGUGAUUUCAUCCCAGCAAACAUUGCUGUGAGGGAUGAAUCAGUGAGGGAAGGCGAUGAUGUGGUUCUAAGGUGUAGCCUUCAAGGUGUGCAGAUGGUGCACAGCAGCGCGUCCUUUGCCUACCUCAGUAAAGAUGGAGUUCCUGUACAAUUACAAACAUGGGACACAGAGAAGAAUGAAGCCAAAUUCACCAUUAAUAGCAUCACCAAGGAGAACAAUGGCAACUACAGCUGUGUCCUCUUCAGGUCAGGGUUACUCACCAGCACGGCAAUGAAGUUGUAUGGAAAUAAUACUGUAUUACUCUCUGCUUCUGCCACUUUUAGUGGUUCCAUUCUUGCAAUUACAUAUGUGGGCUACAUUUUACUGCUGAUUCUAGUCUUCAUGGCUGGAGUUUGCCGAUACAGAGUGACUAUGAAAGGGAAAUCCAAAGGUGGCCCCGAAAGGGAACAGGAGGAGGAUAACAGGAAUAGCACAGAAAUUCGACACAGUGUACCUGUUCCCGAAGAUGACACGUUUCAGGAGACAGGCUGCCAUACAUAUGAAUCCGCUGAAUUCUCAGACGAGGAAGAAACCAGCUUUUGUGAUGAAAACUGGGUAUAUCAUGAAGUAGAGGUGAGUGACUACAUGACCACAGGCUAGAAUCUGUCAUUGCAUGCGUUGUCUUCCAUUAUACGGGAAGUUAACCUUACUGUCUAAUCGAGAAAAUGUCUUUAGUUAGUGCUACACAUAGAUUAGAUUCUUUUCAUAAAAAUACCAAAUAGGCUUAUUUGAAUUGUCUACAUCGUUUAGAAGAAAUGCUGAAAUGUUUCCAUUGUCAAGGCGUUUGUACUGUUAUUUGGUAGUUGGCUACAGUUCAUUAUUACCAAUGUUUCCAUUGCAUUUUGUUUUAUGCUGUGCUGUGCUCA